UUUUUUUUUUAAAAAAGCUAAAUUAUAAAAAAGGUGCAGAUCACGAUUUUAGAGCUAAGUAUAUAUGUAAAAUUAACAAACUACAAUAUAGACAGUAUAGACUCGACUGUCCCCUUGAAGCCUCGCUUGCAAAGAUCUUCCUCUUUCUUCUUCUUCAGGACAUGCUUUUAUAAACUGGAAGUAAUGGGGACUCUAGGAUUAUGUUGUUCUGUUCAUUCUUUACAUUGCUUAUUCUUAAUAGUCUCAGUUAUUAUAGUACAGGCAUUUGGGACUGCAUCAAUUAUUGUACCCAAUUCCAGUUGCUAUGUUCUUGAUAAUUCUAGUCGCCUCGUAGAUUUUAGCAGCUGGAUUGGGCAGCAUUUUGAGUAUGAAGAAAAGGAAAAUACCGACUUAGUGGUUCGAUUUUGCAAAGACGUUGAGAAACGAUCACAAACGGGAUAUGUGGAUUUUGGUCGAUUUGAUAAGUUCAACUAUUUCACUGCUGGUUCAGGACAUGCUAAUUUUAUUCAGGGUUUUUACAAUGGUGAUCUGGUCAAUUGUGAGCUUAGUUAUGACAAACUGGGACGUACGGCUCAGGUCAAUAUCAUAUGUGGAAAUUGUUUAGAUGGACGAUGCAAAGGUGGACUUGGAUGCAUAUGCAAUGUUACUUACGAGUCAGAUUGCAGAGUUGUUGUUGACCUUUCUGUUCCAUGUGAGAAACCAGGCCCACGAGUAUUUGAAGGCUUCACUGUUGGAUUUCAUCCGCGAUCGUGGGAAAUUGUUUAUAAUGGCUUUACUCAACUAGGUUACGAAAAGUCUCACCUGGACUUCAGCUUCAGCACUGAACAAACUCAUGUUACCCUUUAUAUGACUGCAAUUGCUUCUGUUUCUACUUUGGUGCAAAAACCCAUUAUAAAGGUUCUUCCAGAGAAAGGACUAGAGGUUAGGUUAUCAGGCUCAGGUGCCACUGGGACUCCACCUACAACUUUGUCACCUACAAUGUUAAUUCUGGAAUGGACAUGUCAGGAGGUCCGUCAUGCACCAUAUGAAGUUAAUGUCACAAUCCCAAUAGAGGGUUAUGAGCCUGUUCAGUUUUUUCUUGCAAAAAUGUGUGAACGCAGACAGGUUCAGGGGGAAGACUCAAGACGAGGAUGGGCGAUAUUUGGGGUUCUAUCUUGCAUAUUCUUUGUCUCAACAACACUCUUUUGUUGUGCGGGAUUUAUAUACAAGACACGUGUGGAACACCUGCGGGGGAUUGAUGCGUUGCCAGGCAUGACAGUAGUAUCUGCGUGCUUAGAAAUUGCAAGUGGUGAAGGGAAUGGGUACCCACGAGCAGAAGACAUCAACAGCGGCUACUCACGAGCAGAAUCCUCCUGGGAACAACCUUCAGCUUCUGCUCAAGGAACAUGGAGAACAAGUGAAAAGAAAUACGGUUCAAUUUAAACUUUGCAUCUUAACUCAGUCAAGUCUUAGCAACAUUUACAAAUUUAUGAGGAUCAAACUGAAAACAUAAAUAUAACAGAUGUGCACAGAACAAAUUUGUAGUAGAUUCUUUGUUUGUCUGAACGAAAUUUGUAAACAGGAGGUGAUGUUUAAGGUGUUAAUCAGGCUUUCAGACUUGGCAAGUCCCGUCUUCUCAAAUUUCCCUGUAAUGCAACGAGGCUUUUGGAGAAGGGACUAAUUAUUCUA